AUGGAGCCAGAGACAGCUGUAGCUGAUGGAAGACUGGAAACAUUACAGAUCUACAAAGUACUCCAGUGUGUUCGAGAUCAAGACAAAGGGCAGAUACAAAAACUUACUGAACUUGGAGUCCCGAACCUCAUAAACUUCACCGAGCCACGAUACGGAGAAGGUGCUCUGCACCUCGCCGCUGUAGCUAACAAUGUUGACAUGUGCAGCUUUCUGCUCAACGUUGGAGCUCACCCUGAUAUACAGGACUUAAAGGGAUGCACCCCUGCCAUGAAAGCAACGGAAUUAGGACAUGACCUGGUACUGGAAGUCCUUGCUGAAGCCGGGGCUGACAUGAAAAUUGUUAAUAAAGAAGGAAAAGGAGUCUUGUUCUACUGCAUCUCCCCCACUAAAAGACACCUCCGCUGUCUUCAGAUACUUCUGGAUUGUGGAGCCAAUGCCAAUAACACUUCUAACAAUGGAAUUCCAGUGCUCCUAGUCGCUUGUGAACAGGCUCGUGAAUGUAAAGAGAUGUGUCUGAAAUUGCUCGAAAGAGGGGCUAAUCCCAAUGCUUGCAAUCCAAACACCGGUCGAACGGCUCUAAUGGAAGCAGCAAGGGAAGGAGCUCUGGAGGUUGUUCGCAGUAUUUUGGAGAAAGAUGGAGAAGUAAAC